AUGGAUACUGUUACCAUAGGCUACGGUCAUGGUAGAUUUUGUUGGAUCAAAAAUGGUUCUACGUUACUAGCAGUUGUUGGUGUCCCUGUUGCGUUGGUAAUUGUCUUCAAUUUCGUAGCUUUAACUUGGACAGUUAUUUCCAUUCACAAAGUGCGCAAGGUCACUAAGAAAUUGUCCGACCAGGGAAGUCAGUCAAGUCUCGCUCUGCUGUGCAUCAAGCUGACCUGUGUCCUUGGCCUUACAUGGGUGUUUGGAUUUCUCAGUUCCAUCGUUAAAACAGAUGCAACGGCGUAUAUUUUUGUGGUUGUUAACAGCUUACAAGGAUUUUUUAUUUUCCUGACGUUUGUUGCAAAGAAGAGAACUGUAGCUUUGCUGAGAGGCGCCAAAGAGAAAAAUCAUGAGAGUGGUCACAAUACCACCACGUUUGACACAAAGUUGUGA